AGUAGUUCGGUCUCUGGGGACGAAGCGCGAAAUCGAAAGCCCUCCUUCUAGGGGGAUUCCCAUGGGGCAAAAGAAAUUCAAAACGAGGCCCCACCAACAUCAACUAACCAAAAGAGCCAUACCACAUUAGACUUUAGUUUCAAGGGCUCAUUCAACCUUUUUAGACCCUUUGAUUGCUUCGCUUCAUUUGCCUCUCCUUCCUUGCAAGAACUUCAGCCAAGAGAUGAAGUUCUGCAGGGCAUUGCAGUGAAUUCCUAGGACUUUCGACAGCAAGUUGUUGUUUUCCUAGGAAAAUCUUCUCGCAAUGUCGAAGGUUUUACCUUUAAUAAGCCACGAUGGAGAACUGUCAGCAUACCCUCCACCGCAGUUGCCUCUCUAUGAACAAGAAUCCGGUCCAUCCCCGUCUUCCUCGGGUCGAAUUAGCUCUGCCGUCAUCCUGGUGAUAGUGAUCUUAGCAGCUGUGUUCUUCGUCUGUGGCCUAGUCCACUUGCUCGUCAGAUUCCUGAUGAAGCAGCCAUCUUCUUCGAUCUACCAGUCUGAUAGAUUUGCCCAGAGCUCGAGCCCUCAGUCUCAUGUUCUCCAGAGGCAGCUUCAGCAGCUCUUCCGCCUGCACGACUCCGGCCUCGACCAGGCCUGCAUUGAUGCCUUGCCUGUUUUUUAUUACAAAGACAUCAUUGGUCUGAAGGAACCGUUCGACUGUCCUGUCUGCCUGUGUGAGUUUUCCGACCAAGACAAGCUUAGGCUGCUCCCGAUAUGCAGCCACGCCUUUCACAUCAAUUGCAUAGACACCUGGCUGCUCUCUAACUCGACAUGCCCUCUUUGCAGAGGGGCUCUCGUGAAUUCGGGGCUCUUCACGGCGGAGACUCCAUUAAGCAGUAAUAACUGCUGGGAACCACGGGAUAUGUUGCCCUGUGAUGCUGAAGAUGCCCUUAACUCGGUCAGCAAGAGGGUCUUCUCGGUGAGGCUCGGGAAGUUCAGGAGCUUAAAUGAGGAGCCGGAGAACGGCACGGAGAUUAAAGAAGGAGAGGGAAGCUCCCGAAAUCUGGAUGCGAGGAGAUGCUACUCGAUGGGGUCAUAUCAGUAUGUUGUAGGGGACUUAGAUUUUCAAGUGGUGUUAUCGCCGAAGCAAAAUCAGGGCGGGCUCGAAUCCCAGUUCUGCAGAGGGAGAGGACAGGAUGGAUUCUGUUUGGAUUCGAGGAACGAGGCCGGGAAGAAGAUUAUUGCAAGGUCUAGAGGUGACAGCUUCUCUAUCUCGAAAAUCUGGCUUUGGCCCAACUCCAAGAACAGCAACAGCUUCCCCGACUCCCCAGAUAUCGGCAUUAGUAUGUCUCAUUGUAAUGCGAGCACGCAUAUGCAGAAUGACGAUUCAGUUUAGUUCACAAUAGAGGAAUGUUUUUGAUCAUACCAGAAGACUUUGUCAAUGUGUUCUUUCGAGAAGUUAGGUGUA